UUCAGCCUCGACGAUGAAGGCAUUACAUACCGCGACGAGACCCAAACUCUCUCGUUGCAUUUCAUACAGUCAAGCGGGGGGUCAAGUACCCACGAAAAAGAGGUGGAACCGUGACCAGAGUGGCCAGCGUGACCAGCUCGAUGAGCACUGCGAUAGAAAUGACAUCACAAACGUGCAUUCGUCAAUAGAGAGGCGUCUACUCGGUCUCGGGAGGGCAUUACGGGGCAAGAAAUUGGAUGCUAGCCAUGUGGCGCAGCUUAUCGUCAAUGAAUGUUCAGGCAUUCUCUUCGAUAUCGGCAAGCAUAGAGAGAAAUGGCUCCAAGUCCGGGAGAUCUACGAGGAGGAAAUCUGCAGCUGAAGCGGAGCUCUUCAGAUCGUUCACAUCAGACGUGGAAAACGUUCCAAGCCGGGGCGGCGAGGGAAUCCGCUCCAAAUUCAAUAUCGACGAGGAAGCACAGCUUCUCAACAAAGUAAAAGACAUCCGCGACGAAUUGAAGAUGAUCAAAACAAUCUUCCAGACUCAACGAGAGAUUCUGGAGUGUUUAAGCGACUUCAAGGCGGUCGUGAAAGAUGUUGAUACCCGAGUCAAAGAUGUGGGAAGGAUCGACCGCUAUGCGUACCAGACCGAGGAGGCGCUUAAACACCUCCUCGAUCUCAAGCAGAAACAGGCCAACAUGCAGGAGACGCACUUUCUGAGCAUCCAAAACGAUCAGACGGCCAAGCAAGGGCAGGCAAUCACGACAUUUACAAUUGUGACGAUAGUUUUUGCUCCCCUAUCGUUCUUGACCUCCUUCUUUGCCAUAGAGAUAGAGGAACUUGCCAGGCCAAUGACACUAGCCUUCGUUCUUAGGAUUAUAUGUGAGUCUGCUACCCAGACCGUACUUCAACCUAUCCAGCAUUGACGGGAACGAACUCGCUUACACCUACCAACCACGACUCCCAGUCCCUGUAACCGUUGCUGUUGUUGUGAUUUGCAUUCUGCUUGCGUUCGU